AUGGCAGUCCGAUCUACCGCGGAGGAAAUGGAGAGGCUCCAGCUCUCCGAUGAAGAUACCGAGGACCUCUGGGAUUCUCCCUCCAAAAGGCAAACACGCCAGACCUUCAAACAACGAUCCUCUGAAGAGCACAUUGCUCCCGAACCGCGGCCAAUCCAGGAUAACAGCGACAAUGCGUUUGAUCGCGAAGAGGCCCGUGAAGUCACUCUUCACCACGAGCUCCAAAGUGUGCGAAACAUCAACGAGGUUCUUGAAGGGUUACUUGGGAGUAUUGAUCGGGCCAAAGGAAAUAUGGAGACUGUGUCAAAAACAGUCACAUCCGCCUCAACUCUCCUCAACACUUGGACCCGGAUCCUGUCACAGACCGAACACAACCAACGGCUCAUUUUGAACCCCAAUUGGCAGGGUGCAACACAAGACCUCGCCGAUAUAGAGAAUGAGGCUAUUGAAAAACAGCAAGCGGCAGAACGACGGGAGCGGGCACUCCAGGAACAACGUGAGGCAGCAGCACGCCGGGCAGAGGAGGAAGAACGAAGACGCGUCUUGAACCCCAAAGCUGGUCGGGGAGCUAGUCGGGGAACUGUGCGAAGUACCGGCCUCGGCAGAACCCCGAGCGUGAGCACUUCUCGAACGGGAGCCACGCGUGGCACAUCAACAGCGACUGCAGGGACUCGCCGGCCCGUCAGUGGGAUUGCUAGAGGGAGUGGGAUCGCCCGUGGUAGGGGGGAAGCCAUGAUAAAAAAAACAAUUUCUUCACUUCUGCCCUACCUUCACACGAUGAAUUUCGCUCCUUAUCAGGACGAAUCACCAGAGCUUGAAAGGGCCCUGUCCCCACCAAACCUAGAGGGCCGCGUCAAGUCCCCUAACCUCCGCUCACCCCGGGCAUCUGCCGACUUACCUUCGCCGGGUCAUUUCGCAGGAGGUGGACAUGGCAACACUGGCUUUGGACGGGAUAUUGAGGGCGGCCAUGUGAGCCUAGGUGCAUUUGAGACCAGCCUGCCGAUUCGCAUGGAUGUGGAAGCUAUGCUGGCAUAUCUGCUUCUGCCUCCAGCCGGAGGAGUCUUUCUGCUCUUGGCCGAGCACAAGAGUGAUUACGUUCGAUUCCAUGCGUGGCAAUCUAGUAUGCUCUUCAGUGCUAUUUUCGUCAUCCAUCUCAUCUUCGCCUGGUCUUCCUUUCUCUCCUGGACCCUCUUCAUAAUUGAUAUCCUACUUAUUGGGUUCCUCAGCAUGCGCGCUUACCGUGAUGUCGACACAUUAGAUCACUUCGAGGUUCCUUUCAUCGGCCGUAUGGCUAACUCCUUCGUGGACAACGAAUGA